CGUGGGAUUUAGCAUCGAACCCGUCGUAUAUAAAGCAGCCUGUGGUCCAGCACUUCUUCCACGGAAAAAAACACCUCUGCUCGCUUCCGAGUAUCAUACAAACUAACAGACCUCUUUCACACUGUUCCACAUUCAUACGAGUCCUUCAUCAAGUCACUACCCACAAUGGCAUCCCUCCCCAAGACGUACAAGGCGGCGGUUGUCGAGUCUAAGAGCGCGCCUCUCAAGAUCGUCGACCAGGAGCUGAAGCAGCCUGGCCCCGGCCUCAUCCUUGUCAAGGUGCUGGCUUGCGGUGUCUGCCACUCGGACGUGGGCAUGCAGGAGGGCGGCUUUGGCGACGUGUUCCCCCGGGUUCCAGGCCACGAGGUUGUCGGCGAUGUGGUGGCCGUUGGCGAGGGCGUAAGCAGGUUCUCUGGCGGAGAGCGAGUUGGAGGCGCCUGGCACGGAGGUCACGACGGAACGUGCAGACAGUGCCAAAAGGGCUUCUUCCAGACGUGCGACAACGAGACGGUCAACGGCGUGUUUCGCGACGGCGGGUACGCGCAGUACGUGCUGCUCCGGUCCGAGGCGGCGGUGCGGGUGCCCAAGGAUGUGGACCCGGCCGAGACGGCGCCGUUGCUCUGCGCUGGAGUGACGGUGUUCAACAGCAUCCGCAAGAUGCAGAUUGAGCAGGGAAACAUUGUGGCGAUCCAGGGCCUGGGCGGCCUUGGGCAUCUUGCAGUGCAGUACGCCAGCCGGAUGGGCUACAAGACGGUGGUGCUCAGCUCAGGGUCGUCCAAGAAGGAGUUCGCGACGAAGCUGGGCGCGCACGUGUACAUCGACUCAAGCGCGUCGGACCCCGUCAAGGAACUCCAGAAGCUUGGGGGUGCAUCGCUCAUCAUCGCGACGGCGCCGAACCCCAAGAUCAUCUCGCCGCUUACGGGGGGUCUGCAGGCGGGCGGCAAGCUCUGCGUGCUCGCGCCGGUUGGCAACCUCGAGGUCAACACGAUCGAUCUCAUCGUCGGCGGAAAGUCGGUCUGUGGCUGGCCCAGCGGGCACCAGAUGGACUCGGAAGAGGCCAUCGACUUUGCGGCGACGCAUGGCAUCAAGUGCAUGAUUGAGCGCUUCUCCCUCGACGACGCGAAGAAGGCGUCGGAGCACAUGCUGUCCAACAAGGUCCGCUUCCGCAGUGUGUUGGUCAUGGAGUAAGGGGAUGGAGAGCCGGUACUGGGGAGGAUGACGACUGAGAUGAAGAAUGAUGAACACGAAUUAGUCAAAACGAAUCAAGAUCCCGCUGUGUCGCAAAGGGAAGGGUCUACGCUGCAUUUAGGGAACAAUACAGUUAUCCAAGUCCAGGGCUGAUUUAUUGCAA